UCCAUCAUCUUCUGGUCCGAGAAGAAGAUCGCCCGAAGACUGCGUUCGUACUCUUCGAAGGUACGUGGCAGUGGAUUCGAUGCCCAAUGGGCAUCUGCAAUGCCCCCGCAACUUUCCAGCGAGCCAUGAACAUGGUCUUUCUGAACUUUGUGCGGAAGACUCGUCUGGCACAGAGUAUCAUUAACUACUGUGUGAUUGUGUAUAUGAAUGACAUUUUGGUGUACUCGAGUUCUUAUGAGGGGCACGUGCAACACAUCGAAUGGGCGUUGCAUGCGUUACGAGAUGCCGGCUUCAAGGUGGCGCUCGAGAAGCGCCUGUUCUUCCUUACCACCAUUUCCUUCCUGGGACACGUGGUAACGAACCAAGGACUCAGACCGGAGCCGCAGAAGGUGGCAGCUGUCAGAGAAGCGCCAGUGCCCACGACUAUUACGCAAGUUCGCGCCUUCUUGGGCGUGGCCUCGUACUACCGAAGAUUUAUCAAGGGCUUUGCAACGAUUGCGGGACCCCUCACGAACCUGCUGCGAAAGGAUCAACCGUUGAUCUGGACACCAGAAUGUGAUCAAGCGUUUUCAACACUCAAGGCCGCUCUCAUUUCGGCUCCGGUCCUUAUAAGGCCGGAUCCCGAAAAACCUUUUGUUCUCAUUACUGACUGGCAGCCGGAGGCAAUUUCGGUGAUCCUGGCCCAGGUGGGACCAAGUGGACUCGAGUGCGUGGUGGAGUACGCGUCUAAAUCGGUGCCCGCCUGCAAACGCAACUACGUCGCUCCGACGGGAGAAUGCUAUGCGGCUCUCUGGGGAAUCAGCCACUUUCGAGCUUACAUGUACGGGCGGAAGUUCACAGUGGUAAUCGAUCAUGAGCCUCUGCUAGCCCAAAAGAAAUCCAAGGAUUACUCCGGCAUGAUCGGGCGAUGGGCAACGGUGCUGCAGAGCAUGGACUUUGACAUUCGUCACCGGAAACACGAAAGGAACGGGAAUGCGGACGGAUUGACACGACUGCACCGACCUGAGAAGGUUCCGAAGAAUGAGGAGGUGAUUCCGUGGAACGAACCGAAAAAGGAGAAUGGGCCUCGAUACGGCCAAGUGGAAAUCCUGUCAAAGGAGUAAGCAACACAGGGUCCAUUUUUUUUUGCCCUCUCUGCAAUUUAGUCACAUCCCUCCCUCUUUGCCAUCAUGACUACCCCCUCUUCUCCUACUAAUUCUGCCCCUCUCACCUCCUCCGCUUUCUUUGCCACCCUCCCUGAUAAAUUCUGCUAUUUUUG